AUGCCGUGGCCCGCAAAGCCUCCGAUGACCCUGAAGGAGGCUAAGCGGGCACGCAAAAAAGAUGUCGGGUUUCGAUACACUGCGUCUCAAUUGGCACGCGCAGACCGACUAGACGCGCGAGAGGAACAACGAAAGAAGGCAUUGGAGAAAGAAAAGCAACGAGCCGAGAACAAGCGUAAAAAGGAAGAAAAGCUUGAGAAAGAGCGCGUGGUCAAACAAAAGAUGCUAGAAGAGGGCCGAAUAACUGUUGAAGACACUUGGGGAAAGGUCACCGCCAGUCAACCGCGGUUGAACAAAUUCUUUGGACAAAAGCCUGCAUUGCCGAUGAAACGGCGAAGGUUGCAAGACGAACCCAUUGCGGAAGAAGUCAUUGUCUCUGAGAACCUCGUGAGCGAAAAGGAAACAGGAUAUGCAGAAAACCUACAUCAGGGUGAAGAUUUGGGAAAUGUUGCGAGUAACAAUAUCGCCGAAACAAAGUUGUUCAGUGUGUCUCAUCUUCUCAAGUCACCCUCGAAGCAAACUCUUCCCUCUUCUCUCCCAUCUCUUCGACGGAUCUUGCACCAACCUGGCCUAAUUCCUGACGCAUCCAGUCAUGUCCAACAACGCCCUGCUCAUAGCCAGCUUUCGACCCUCAAGGAAUUAAGGCCUUCACAAAUAAACACAAGAUCAGUUCGAACGCAACGGCAUCUUAGUGAAACUGAGACGACGCUUCUUCAAAAGCCUUCGGUGCCUAUCAAAUUGCAGCCUGAUACGGGGGGUCCAGGAGCAGCGGCAACAUUCAAAGACACGUCACUUCUGUCUUGUCAUAGUCCACGUUCGAAUCCUCCGUUGUCGACAAUCGUCACUCAAAAAGCACCCGAAUUCCAAGACCAUGAAAACGAAAUCCAGACUCACCAACAAGAAGCAUCGGAAGUGGCAGACUGGCAAUGCCAAAACUCAGGAGGAGAAACUCAUACAACAGGUCUUCGUAUGACAGGAGAUGAAGAAGACUUCACAGACGGAAUAGAUGACGAGACAUUCCUCAUGCUAUAUGCAACGCAAAAGCCCAUGCAGGAGACAUGUCGAACGGGACAAGAGAAUGCAGCCAAACAACGACCUCAAGUUUUGACACCACAAACUCACGGUUUCGCAUCCUCAGAGAAGUCAGCAUAUUCUUCUUCCAAGGAACAAACCUGCGAAGUCAACUUGCUGGCAGAAAAAGCAGCAUCAGAGGCGAAAAGUCUUACAACCUCAGACAGUUUCAGCUCCGUAUUCAACGAGAUCGAAGACGAAGAUCUCAUUGCCCUUGCGGAAGAGAUUGAAGCUGGUAUGGCGUCUGCUCCAAAGCCAAAGAUCACAGCACCGAACUCGCCGCCGAAGCAGGAAAGAAAGGGACGACGAAGACUUCCGUGGGAACUUCCGUGGGACGACUUUGACGCGCCAGGCCCAUCUACGCAGGCGCUGAUGUUAGAACUGGUCGAAGAGGCUGAAGCUGGGGUGCACAGAUGA